GCAGACUGUCAGUGGCCGACUCUGGGAGAGAGGGAUAGAGACGGAUUCUCACUUCUUUUUUCUGGCUCUUCCCUGCUUCCUUUGCCUGCGCUUGUUCUGUCUUCGCUUUCACUCCACACUCAUCUGCUUUCAGUUCUCUCUCUCUUUCUUUGCUGCUACUCACUGUUUUUCUCCCUGCAGUCUUUAUUCUUCUGUCCUACAUUCUGACUUGCUACUAUCUGUCUGUCCUCCUCUUCCUCACCUAUGGCUACCUGACGGUGAGCUUCCCCCUCUGCCGUCCUUCUCUCUUUUUCACCACCAUCCCUCUUUCUUUCUUCUUCCUCAGUCUCUUCCCUUCUUUACUUCGAUCUGUCCUUCCCUUUGCACCUGUCUGUCAUCUAUCCUUUGUCUUUCGGUGUGAGGAUGCCAGUGCUGGAGGGGCUCUGGGGCCCAGAUCUUAGGAUGCGAGACUCCAGUCUUGGGGUCGAAGUCGGGGUAUGUCCAGACGAGGCUCCUCACUCGCCGGUCUGGGGGCCUCUCAGGACACCACCUAUUACCUGCGGGGGUCUGUCGCUGGCCCUAGAGCUCCCUGCUCUCAUACGGCAGCUCAGGGCAGCCUGGAGAGCCCGCAGGGGAGGCCCUCGGGGGCCUGAGAGAAGUCAGGCGAGCACUUGGGUGGAAACAGAGAAGGAAGAGGUAGAAGAGGUGAAGCUUGACAUAGAGGACAGGAGCGCUCAGCUGGAAGCUGAUUGCAGACUGAACACUGGUCAUGCUGGUGUGUUGCUGGUCGAGAGACGAGGCUCCUACCCGCUGAUUGACCUGCGAAUCCUCAAAACCAGUGCCCAGCAGGGGGAGGUAGAGGCCGGCACCAGGAGAAAGGUGAAGCGUCUGCUGAGUUUUCAGAGAUACUGCCACGCCUCCAGGCUGCUCAGAGGGCUGGUGCCCCACACCCCCGGGUCACUGCACCUACUGGACGACGACUACCUGGGACAAGCUGCACACAUGCUAUCAAAAGUCGGCACAUGGAACUUUGACAUCUUCCUCUUUGAUCGUCUUACGAAUGGUAACAGUCUGGUGACUCUGAUGUGCCAUCUCUUCAAUGUCUACGGCCUCAUUCACCACUUUGAGCUGGACAUGGUCAAACUGCACAGGUUUCUUGGCAUGGUGCAAGAGGACUACCACUCCCAGAAUCCCUAUCACAAUGCUGUUCAUGCUGCCGAUGUCACCCAGGCCAUGUACUGCUACCUGAAGGAGCCCAAGCUGGCAGAGCAGCUGAGUCCUCUGGACGUGUUCCUUGGUCUCAUGGCAGCAGCCGCCCACGACGUGGACCAUCCCGGAGUCAACCAGCCCUUCCUCAUCAAGACCAGACACCACCUGGCCUCCCUCUACCAGAACACGUCUGUGCUGGAGAGUCACCACUGGAGGUCCACUGUGGCCAUGCUGCGAGAGUCAGGACUGUUGUCACACCUGCCGGCCGACAUGUCGCAGGACAUGGAACAACAGCUGGGCUCUCUCAUCCUGGCAACAGACAUCAGCCGGCAGAAUGAGUUCCUGUCGACCUUCAGAGAACAUCUGGACAACCAGGACCUGGACCUUCAGCUGGCUUCACACAGGCACUUUAUACUGCAGAUUGCUCUGAAGUGUGCAGACGUCUGUAAUCCAUGUCGGGUUUGGGAGCUGAGCAGACAGUGGAGUGAGAGGGUGUGUGAGGAGUUCUACAGACAGGGUGACCUGGAGAGAAAGUUUGACUUGGAGAUCAGUCCUCUGUGUAACCAGCAGGCUGACUCCGUCUCAGCCGUUCAGAUAGGGUUCAUCUCCUACAUCGUGGAGCCUCUGUUCGAAGAGUGGCACCGCUUCACCGAGCCCAGCCCGCUCAGCCAGACCAUGAUUGGUCACCUGCACAAGAACAAGGCACGCUGGAGCCGCCUACGAUACGCACGCACACCCUCAGACACGCAAACACACCCCGACGCCGAGGAGCCCGAAGGAGGAGGAAGAGAGGGGGAAGACAUCCCUUAAUCUCGCUCUUGUCUCUCGAGGCAUUUGAUCUUCCUUUGUAAACGAAGGAGAGGAGUGUUAAUCGACCUCCUUGUUUGUCCUCCAGCAGAUUUUCUCCCACUGCUGGUUGUUCACAGGCUCUGAAAGCAGGAGCACUGGAUGGGAGGAGAAAUGGCUCCCUCUGCUGGAGCGGAGGAUUGUAGCCCUGCAGGGUGGAAAUAAAAAAAGACGGAGAGAUAUUCAUGGUAAAGCUUAUGAUGGAUAAUCUUAGUAAAUAUAUGCCAAUUGGACAAAGUCAUGCCUUGCUCUUUAACCCAGUGAUACCUGCUUCAAAGUAUCUGAGGAAAGCAGGGAUUAAAAGGUUACAGCUGACGGCAGAAGAGGGAUCAGUGAAGAGACAUGCUGUGUUUGCACAAUGCUGCUAGAACAAUAAAGAAGCCAAAUUCUAUACAGCUGGACUGUGCCGGGAAGAUAUAUGAAAAGGUAUAUGAAAGAAAUGAAUAUAUCCACUAUACUAUGCUUUUUAAACUUUUAGACUGUAUUAAGCUCUUUUCACUUUUCUUCUUUUUGUACAGCUUGCACUUCUCUUGGAUGCUCUUUCGUACAAGUGUCUCACUUGUCUACUUUUCACUGAAGCGCGUUUUUAACUCACUAAGUUGGUUAUGUCACGGUACUGUAAACUGUACGAUGUAUUCUGUUUUAACUGUGUAACCUGUUUGACUGACUGACCGAUACGAUUAUUGACUGACACAAAGAGUUGCUUUAACGCUGAUAUCACCUGUCAGCUGGAUGUUUUCAGACUCAUGGAGAACACAAACCGGGGCCAUGUUUUUUUAAAGUGUUUGUGUUCAUGUAAUGACAUAGAAGACUAUAAUCUGUACAUACUGUGACGUACGACCUCAGCACUUCACAUGCCAAAAUCUCAGCAAUGUACAAACCCUUUUACUGGGUAUGGAUAUUGGGAAAUACAACCCUCACACUGCUAUUACCUUUGUAACAACUUACCGGGUGCAUUUAUUUAUCUGGUAACCUCACUUUACGAGCUCAUAUACAACAAAGCCUUAACAGCAACCUGGUCUGUCUGUGAAACACGUUUUGUAACAGUGUUGUGACAUUUUCUGGACAAGCUUUCCUACAGUCUCUGCCUGUUUUUUCUUCAGCCAUACCAGCAUACUGAAACACACACUGGUAGGACUGUAGCAGCUUGCUUCCUGUUCGAUCUUUCACCCAGUGUCAGGGUCAGGUUGGGUCAUACGCCCACUGAGCAAUGCCAAGGUGCAAAUGUACUGUUCUGAUAUGUCGACUCACUGCUCUGUUACCUCUCUGAAGCUUUUGUAUUACUUUCUUUUUACACUUGCUGCAGGCACUGUGUGCACUGCGUCUUAUGUCACACACUUGGGCCAAUUAGUAAUUCUAGAUACCUCUACUUUCAAUACUCAAUCCCUGUGACCCCAUAAUGCAAAAUUACCACAUUAACUUUGGUGUUUUUCAACCUGGACCCUAUUUUCCUGUGUUUUUGUGUCUAAGUGACUAAUGGGAACAACAAUUUUUCAAAGUGGUCCAGUAUUGAGUGAGACUGCUGCCAGGCUGCGAUGUAACCACUCAGGGCGCUGUCAGUAAAGAGCUUGUUUUUGCCACUGACAGGCUCAGAUUGACUGUUGUGUCUGACAAUGAUAUGGAAAGGAUCCCUACAGAGAUAGACCUUUUGUUUAAGCAGAGACCGCCCUGAAAUCGCCAUCGCCAAACCCACCAGACUCCAUUUAAAUAAACGGUAAUUUUAUUGUGUAUAAAGUCAGCAUAUUUGCACGUCUAACUGGGUGAAUUACGGGUUUAUUUCAACCAAACCAGAGUUGGUGAUUGUUGGCACAGUCGAAAGACGAACCAAGGUGGUUUAUUGUGAGCUUUAUUUUGUUUCUGUCAUUUUCAAAUGAAGUGUGUUUUAUGAUGAUUAUAAUCACUUUUUAUUUCAAUGGAGUCUGGUUGGUUUGUCAAUAGUGAUGUUGGGGCUGGUUAAAUUAAAAAAGGUCUUUCUCUGUAGGGAUCCUUACCAUAAUGUUGUCAGACACUAACAAUUCACCUGUCAGUGGCAAAAACAAGCACUUGUAGUGGACAUAAAUCAUCCAUCCAUCCAUUUUCUGCCGCUUAUUCAAGGCUGGGUUGCAGGGGCAGCAGGUAGCAGGUGACCAAAGUACUCCAGACAUCCCUACCCUCCGCAACGCUUUCCAGCUCCUCCUGGUGGAUCCUGAGGCGUUCUCAGGCCAGACGAGACAUAUAAUCCCUCUUAUGUGUUCUGGGUCUGCCCCACAGCCUUCCACUAGUCGGACAUGACUGGAACACCUCUAACAGGAGGUGACCAGGAGGCAUCCUGAUCAUAAAUCAAAGGUACAUGGAUGGCCCUGAGUGGUUUCAUUGCAGCUUAUUUCACAGCUGAUGCCUGCAUCGCUGCCGCUCAAGACUGGACUGGAGUUACCCUUAAAGUCAUGACACAGUAUGCAAAUAGUACAAAAUUUAUCUAUUGGAAUAAAAAAGCAGUUAAUUUUAAUUCAUGUAGGCUACUAAAGGGUUCAUUUGUAUUUGAAAUUUUAUUUAUAUAGUAAAAACAAACAAUACUUAAGGUCUAUGCGUCGAUACUAUCUUGCCACCCAAAAUAUCCUGAUGCAAUGCUGUAUCGAUUUUUCUUUUGUCUCCCGCCCUUAUCCUGACGAAAGUAUUACAACAAUUAAGAAAACUGUAUACCAUCAUUCAUUGUACAUGAAAAAUAUGUACAAUUCAUCAUCUACAAUCGUAUUUAUAAAUCUAUAAUCUCAGUGGUGAAACUGAACCAUAUGGGGCUGAUCUAAUCUAAAACAAAGUAUACAAAGACUUUGUAAAUUCUAGUUGGUCCAAAUGUAAGAUGUACCGAUGUAAAACAUUUUUUUACCUCUCCAUUCUGUACAUGUGUAGAUAAAGUCAUGUUUAAGAUUCCUGUCUGGCAUGGUCAAGGCUGUGUACUGUACACGGUGCUAACAGAGGCCCAGGCCCCACGUCUUCCCUGAGAGCUUUAUGAUUCGAAGAACAUAGUAUAUUCAACAUAGAUUGUAUUCUAUAAGAUUAUCACAGAUAUAUUGACAAACUAUGUUCGUAAAAAGUGUAAAAACGAUUAUAUAACAAUGAAUUUCUUCAAGAGUUUUUAAGCCUUUUAUACGAGGUGCAGUGCAAUAAAGUGAAGUCACUGGCCAAGUUGUAAGAAAGUGGCCAUAUUCAUGUUUAUCUAUAGCUCUGGUAAUUAAUAAGUACAUCUUUAAUGUCUUCACUGUAGCACUGCAUUGGCUUUGCUGAAACUCCCACUGUAUGUACACUGCUGUACUGUCUAAAGUUCAUACUGUUUCACUGUUGACGCCUCUGCUGUGACGGGGAAUCACAGACUGUCUCACAGGACUUGCGUAGCAGCGGUUACUGAGAACGAACUUAGAACGUCACAACCUAAAACAGCAGUAUUUUAUCAUUUGUGAGUCACAUUGCUGCCAUAGUUUAGACGUACUGUGGUCGAGACAGGAGGCCUCAGGCUGCCUUGUGUUACUAUACCUCUUAGAAUCAGCACUGAUACAGGGUCUCUGAGCCGCACUGGGUUCACUUACAAGUACAAAUACGUAGAACUGAAUGUGUUUAGUAAAGGUUUUUAUGCCAGAAUGACUAUUAUAACAGAUUAAUAAUUAAAAAGAAGUUAGUCUCA